CCCGGGGGGCCCCCCGGGGGGCCCCCCGGGGGGCCCCCCGGGGGCCCUGGGGGCCCUCGCGCAGCAAACUGGAGCUGUGGGAAGCGCCGUUGCUGCUGAAGCCAACGCGUACAUACACCUGAGCCACUUGGGCAGCUCUUGGGCGGGAAGGUACAGCCUGGACCGCGGGCGGCGUACAGACACCGCAACGCAGCCCGGCUUCGUGCGGCUCUGGCUGGGGGGCCUCCCGGGCGAACUUCGGGGGAAGUUGUGGUUAAUAGCUCUUGGCAAUGAGCAGCACGUGGGGCUGCCGCUGCGGGAGGCGCUGCUGCAGUUGAAACGCGCGCAGCACGAGCCCCCCACGCCCCGCUGCAGCAGCAGCAGCAGCAGCAGCAGCAGCAGCAGCAGCGGCGGGCGCGCAGCAGCAGCGGCCGAGGCCGACGCCGACGCUGCCGCCGCCACCGCGGAGACCGCCGCCAGCGCCGCAGCCACCGGCGCGGAACGCAGCAGCAGCAGCAGCAGCAGCAGCAGCAGCAGCAGCAGCAGCAGCAGCAGGGGCCCCGCGGGGGAGGCGUGCGGCGCGUGGGGUGUCUGUACAGCCUACAGCAGCAGCAACGGGGGCCUCGAGGGCCUCAAAAAAGCCGCCAUAAGAGGAAUUCCUUAUUUGAUGAACAGAAAAGUGGGAGAAGGUCCUUUGCUGCUGACUACUUCUCUUGACGAGCUGCGAGACGAAGCAGCUCUCGGCUCUGCAGCAGCAGCAGCAGCAGCAGCAGCAGCAGCAGCAGCCAACGCCGCCGCCAGAACCUCCACUGCGUUCGUGCCGGCGCCCAAACCGCGCAACAACCUGCUGCAGCAGCAGCAGCAGCUGCUGCAGCAGCAGCAGCUGCUGCAGCAGCAGCAGCUGCAGCAGCAGCAGGUAAACGGCGCUCUUUUCGACUCGCCGGAGCUCCCCGUUGUCGGCCUGACUGCUUCGUCUGCUGCAGCAACAGCAGCAGCAGCAGCAGCAGCAGCAGCAACACCAGCAGCAGCAGCAGCAGCAGCUCAGCAAACAGAAGGCGGCAACGUCGCCGGCUCAGCGGCGGCCCUAGCCUGUAAUUCAGCAGCAGCAGCAGCAGCAGCAGCAGCAGCAGCAGCAGGAGCUUCUGCUGCAGCCGCUGCACCCUCCAAAGAAGCAGCAGCAAAAGACGACAGCUCAAAGCUGGCAGCAGAAACUGCAGCACCAGCUUGGGGGCCCCCCCAACUCAACUCAGGGGCCCCCCAGACCCCCCUGGGGGCCCCCCAGACCCCCCUGGGGGCCCCCCAGACCCACCUGGGGGCCCCCGCGUUGCGAAUGGAGUCUGAAGAAGAAUGGGAGAAGACAGAUCUCACAAUCGCAGAAGGCGCCAGAGUGCUGCUGGAGGCCUACGUGCUUUACCGGCCGGACGUGGGCUACGUGCGGGGGAUGGACUGUCUGGUGUCUUUGCUGCUGUGCUUCCUGCCCCUCGACCUGGCCUUUGUUGCACUGGCCAAUUUGCUGCCAGCUUUUCAUUUAUUGGACUUCUUUUGUCCGGCUUUGCCGAGCAACAGAAGAUCUAUAAUUCUGAAGUUUGACUUUUUCGAAAGCAUGCUGCGGCUGCGGCUGCCGCACCUGUACAGACACCUCAAGGGCCUCCAAGUCAUCCCCGACCUUUACCUCAUUCGCUGGUUGGAAACUCUCUUCUGCAGGGCCCUGCCCUUCGCCACGCUCUGCCGCACUUGGGAUGGUUUGCUGCUGAUGGGCGAGGUCAGCAGCAGCAGCAGCAGCAGCAGCAGCAGCAGCGCAGCAGCAGCAGCAGCAGCAGCAGCGGUAGCAGCAGCGGUAGCAGCGGUAGCGGUAGGGGUGGCGGUUGCGCCGGCAGCGGGCAACUCGCGGCUGUAG